AUGAAGAGCCUCAACCGAGCCAAGGUUCUUCCCGUGAAGCUGUUUCUCAAACGACCCCAAGGUAGCCAGGAAAAGCAACAGGAACAAUCCCGGCGGGACAGCAAAAUGUUCUCGCUGGCCGAGCCCCAACCCCCAGCGCAAAAGCAGCCAGUCGCCUAUGUUGACCCCGAGUAUAUCCAGUACAACCCCAACUACAAUGAAGAAAACCGUGAACCGGAGCUGGCCGAGUGGUUUGGCACGACCGUUGUUAUGGCUUUGGGCCUCUGCACCAGCCAAUCCACCUACAAUUCGAACAAUCAGGCUAGCACCUACCCGUCCAUUGCACUCACAUGGGGCGCCUCCAUGAUUGGCAUCUACGUGGUGGGAGGCAUAUCUGGCGGAUACUGA